AUGCCUGGUCUCGUCAUGGACGAUGUCAGCGCAAGUGCAUCAAGAGAUUGGGGUGACUCUUACAAUCAUCAUGAAAGCAAUGGGAACUCGACCGUAGUGCGCGGGGCCCACCAGGUUGAUAGCAAUGGAAAGUCAGACAACCCACAGCAAGUCAAUGGGUUCAAGGGAGAUGACGGUAAAGGUCAAGGGUUCAACACGGCAAUGGUGCUGAAGCAUGGACAGUCUAGCGUUAUGCCAGACAGUGUUCAAGGACUAUGGGCUCCACCACUUAUGCAUAUCACUCAAGGGUUUUUCCCGUAUUCCCAGCUUGUGAACAGAGCUGUACAGCAAUGCUAUAACGAUCUCUGCGACGUCAUCACAGAACUAGCAGAUUCAACCCAACCACAGCAAUCGUCGUCUGCCAACGGAAAGCCGGACCCGGCAGCUAUGCAAAAAAGAAUCCGUAUACUAGAGUUUGCGCAGACUAAGCGCACCGAGUUCAUCAAGCUUCUUGUCUUAUCGCAAUGGAGUCGUCAAGCCGUGGAUGUCAGCAAGCUCAUCGACCUGCAAAACUUUAUUCGAACACGGCAUUUUGCUUACCAGACUGCUGUCCAACGAGUAGCAGAUAUGAAACGAGACUUGGUUAGAGCUCAGGUAGCCAAUCCAGAUUUACAAACUGCAUUGGAGGUUCUGACGAUGGGCCGUGUGUCGAAUAUGCCAGAGUUCGGUUAUAAACCUCCCAAGCCUCUCAGUUCAAAACGCCUGCUGGCAACUCUACAGAAAAUCAAUCGCAUAAUCAGCACACGCUUGGUGACUAGCGAUACCAUUCCUUCCUCCUUGAAUGACUACCGGGUUCAUGACGGCCGGGCCACCUUUUCCGUCCAAGGCGAAUUCGAAUUAGAUCUCUCCAUUGCCGAAGAGGAUGUUACGUCACAAUUCUACUUCAUCGACAUCCGUUUUCUUUUCACUCCGUCCUCUCCAAUCCCCAAAGGUCGCUUCUUCAACGAGCUCGAUUCGCAGAUAAACAGCAUACUGAAAACGAAAGGCUUGUCAGGCUGCUUCGACUUUAUCCACAAUCUUGUUCUUGUGAACAAAAUUAACAUCCUGUUCAAACAAGCAAUCAGCCUCUCCAGAGGCCAGUGGAUAGGCGCUCUACGCGUUGAGUUAUUACAUCGCAUUCUGGUUGUGCAUUACUGGCCAGAUAAAAGUGGUCCCAAGAGUUGGCUAGAGAUUGGUGCUCAUAGUGGCCGUCAGCAGCGCCAAAAAGUGUCCUAUCUUGGUCUUCGCUGGGUUCGUGACGGCAAAGAGUGCGAAUCCGCGCAGAUUCACUUUGACACAGAGACGCUUUCUAUGGAGUCCAUUCUUCGAAGCGUAAUCGCUAUUCAUUCAGCCCACAUACUCCGCGCUGUCUACGAACGCCUCUGCACGGAAAAUCUAUUUGCUAACCACCGACUUUCGAUCAGCAUGCAAAUGUCCAAGACUGAGCCUGGAAACUGCCGCCUGAACGUUCAACUUACUGAAACCCGUUACCUCAAUGCAUCAUUGGAACCUGUCUCGGGUACCAUGUGUAUACAUACCAUACCUUCACUAUUAUGCCGUUUAGACAAGGGAAGCGCUUCCGACGAUGACUUUGUUAACCGAAUUUCACGACUGCGUUGCAUUGCAGCCAUGGAAGAAAUCGAAUCUGACGCAAAGAUAUUCGGAUGGGAAAGCGUCGAUCAUCGCAAAUUCAAGGUAGACAUUCGUCGUGUCUUCCCAAGUAACAUUUUGCGGGCCUCCUUCUUCCGCAAUCGUGUCUGGGGAAGUUCAUGGAUUAUUGCUGCGACGACUAGUCUCAGCGGUGAUGACUGGUGGAUACUGCGUCUCAAAGCGCGACCAUUAUCAUACCCUGAUGGGUCGGGUCACGCUCGUGUGGUUGCUGGUGGCUUUUCCGUUCAGUCUACUCGUGUUUCAUCCGGUGAUCAAAUCUUGUCGCCGCGAGAAUCGAGAUAUCACUUCCCAGAUCUGGAUUACUCUCUUACUGGAGCUCUGGUGAUGUACUCGAACGCUUUGUGGCUUUCAGAGCUGGGAUAUCAAGACGUUCUUCCACCAAUGGAUCAACUACAACUUGGCUCAAGGUUGGAAGUGCCUUGUCUUUAUCUCAAAUUCGAUAUUGCAAAACUACCAAGACAACUACGGAUUACACCACUGGAAGGGGCCCAAAGCAAGUCAUAUGUUCGGGAGACCUUCACAAUAUCAUAUCAUGGAAUUGAUUUCCGCACGAAGAAUGCAAUCGUGGUCGCACACGGGCGAUUCCACACCCCUUUGCGAAAAAUGGGGUUGAAGAGGUUAAAGCUCGAUGACUGCGUACUCCUUCGGCGAGGUGGCACAGCUUUUGCAAUGCGUUUUCUCGUUGCUCCAGGCCAGCCGAUCAUGACCGAUCUGUUUGAGCGAAUACAGCGACUCAACAUAGCCUUGUCUUUGUUCCAUACACUUCAGCAAAGCAAGAUCACUGUUAAAUCAGUAUCUCUGUCGAAUUUGUCGUUUGUGUAUGCGCCACGUGAAGGUUUCGAAGCAAACAUAGUCGUCAGGCUAGAUAGACUGGGCCACGCGCCUGAUUUGGACCCUGCCAUCGUUCGUCUACGGGAUGAGUCGCUUUUCCGCUUACGCCUAGAUAUAUCAUUCAAUAAUCUGAGUCCACACAAUCGAAUCAAGCAAUCUCUCGGGAUGAUACUCAACCGGUCAGGUCCAGGCAAUGGUGUACAAUGUGUGCUACAGUUACUCAAGUUAACUCUACCUGUGCUUCGUGCCUUGGAUCGCCUGGUUACUGAACCGCAGCACAACUCUGCACUACGCGUCCAGGUUUCGAUUCGUGGGGCACAGACCUUUCAAAUCCACUACUUUGGUCUUAGAUUCCGAUUCCUAGUCAAUGCCUUACAACGCCGUGAUAAAAUUAUCUGGACGCUGAAAGACAUAAGCUCAUCAGAAGGACAACGUGAUGUAGAGCAAGCCGUGGAGGCCAAGCUACAGGAGAAGAUUUACCGUGGAAAGGGAGACGGUUGGCAAGGCCUCGGGAAUGGCGCUGUGGCCGAAGUUGAUCAAGUCGGAAACCUAUUGUCAGAGCUGGAUUCUUGUUUCGCAGAUUUGACGCCGCCAGCAGCACUGCCAGCAGCUCCUAGCGAGAUUGCAGAGAAGAAGCCGGGCAAAGCAGCCAAAGACAAAGGACAGAGGACGAAUGGGACGUCCAAGAUAAACCGACAGUCGCAGGAAGUGCCGAAGGAAUCUGAUGUAAUUAUGAUUGACUAG